GCCUCCCCAUCCAGGAGGAUACGUGGGCUGCUGCAGGGGAUUCAGUGCCCCAAAUCCAAACGUAGCAGACAAGGAGGGACUGGAGACUUUAGCCCCAAGCUCCCAUUCCCAGGUCAGUGUAUGAACACCUGAGUCUCCUCCAAGUAUCAGAGAGAUGAACCCCUAGAAGAUUGUCCACAGCCCGGCAGAAGAUCCCCCUGGAGUCCCAGGGUCCCUGCCGCUCGGCGGGCAGAGCCAUGGGAGAGCCGCGGCUGCAGCGCGGGGGGCAUGUGCAGACUGAAUUAAAUCGUGGGCAAACAAAAGAGAGACGCCGUCGACAGACUACCAAGUCCUCUAAAUGUGGGAAACACUUUUCCAAGGCUUUUGAACUCCAAAGUGGAACAGAAGGAAGACACAGGGGGACAUACACCGUUCAGUGUUAUUUUCCUUGCACAGGGGAAAAAAAGAUCCUUAUGAGAUGAGCACUGAAGUCUCAAGUUUUCAAAGGUUUGCAUAACAAACAAGAGACACAUUGUGGGUUGCAUCUUGACUUUGAAGGCUUGCCACUGUCAACUGGAAUAAAAUGGCAAGGUUUAAAGCCUUAACGAAGUUCACAAGGAAAAUAUUUGGACUGAAAGUUUUGGAAAGUUUUCUCUCUUUGAAGUAGUUUGUCAUGUGUUACCAAUGUGAACUUUAUUGACCUUGAAACGUUUUUUUUUUUUGAAUCAAAUAGCAACUAGUGACACUUUAGUAAAAUCCUAAAUCAACAACCAUCUCCUGGCGGCUCCAGCUUCGUAGCAAAUGCAGGCAAAACAGGGAAUCUACAGAAAAGACCUUUAUUAUUUGUAAAUGAAGCCUGCCAAAACCUUCCCGAAAUAGCAUUCAAAGACCCUUUUAAGGUCAUGGAUCCUGAACAAAGCCAGAAGAGCACAAAAAAGGCUGAGGAAAGUCCAAGAAAGAGGCUUCCUAAAGGAGAGGCUUUCCAAGCCAGUAUUUCAUCCACAGCUACAUACCAGGGCAGCUCUGCUUCUUCGCAAGGAACCCCUCUCCGAGAUAUCAUAUCGCAGCAGCACUUUUCUGGUUCUUUGCCGAUUCCAAGAGAGGAGUCUCAGGACAAGACUGGACAUCAGAAGCAACCUAAGCCUUCCUCUUUUGAACAUCCUCCCCACGUUUCGCAGCUUCAGCAGCACGCACUGUCACCAGCAUUUAUAGCUCCUGGGAAACCAGAGCACGUCCUUGAAGGUCCCACAUGGCAGCUAGUUGAUCCAGUAAGACCAGGUCCCUCUGGCUCCUUUUCAUCACCUGGGCUUCACUCUCACCACGGCCAGCUCUUACCUUCCCAUUCACCAGUCAUUCCUGGAGAGGACAUGCCGUCCGUUCAAAAGGUCUAUAUCCCUCGCCCUUCGCAGGUUUCCUUAAAGCAAGCUGAGGAAGUGCACAAGAAGGAAAAGAAACCUCAGAAGCCAGGCAAAUAUAUUUGCCAGUAUUGCAGCAGGCCCUGUGCGAAGCCAAGUGUGCUCCAAAAACACAUCAGGUCACACACGGGUGAGAGGCCAUACCCUUGCAUUCCAUGUGGCUUUUCUUUUAAGACUAAGAGCAAUUUGUAUAAACAUAGGAAAUCUCAUGCUCAUCGAAUAAAAGCUGGGCUGGCCUCAGGGAUCGGAGCAGAGAUGUAUCCAUCGAGCUUGGAAAUGGAAAGGAUUGGUGGGGAAGACUUUGAAGAGCCAACGGAAGGAGAAAGCACAGAUUCGGAGGAGGAGACGGGAGCGAUGUCGGGCCAUUCGGUAGAGCUCUCACCCAGGCAGAAGCACACCCUGUUAUCCAGUAGUUUGCUGAGUGGAGGGAGUCAAGGCUCCAGCCAUGACCGGUGUUCAUUGUCUCAUUCCAGUAUGUCUCAGUCUCUAGAGGACAGCACCCAGUUUGCAGAGCCAUCGUCAGACCCCGCUCUGAGCCAUAAACCUGAAGAUAUCCACACGAUAAAGCAGAAGCUCGCGCUGCGCCUGAGCGAACGCAAGAAGGUCAUCGACGAACAAGCCUUCCUGAGCCCCGGGAGCAAAGGCAGUACCGAGUCAGGCUACUUCUCGAGAUCGGAAAGCGCAGAGCAGCAGAUCAGCCCACCAAACACCAAUGCAAAGUCUUAUGCUGAAAUCAUUUUUGGCAAGUGUGGUAGGAUUGGGCAAAGGACUGCAGGGUUAGCUGCAAACACAACCCAGGGCUUUCCGCACUUGUCUACCGAAGAGAAACCUAGUAUGGUACCGUUAUCCGUGCCUAGGACACAGGUUAUCGAACACAUCACUAAGCUAAUCACAAUUAAUGAAGCUGUUGUAGAUACCAGUGAAAUAGAUAGCGUUAAGCCUAGAAGAAGCUCUUUAUCUAGACGUAGCAGCAUUGAAUCUCCAAAGUCUGGUGUAUAUAGAGAACCGUUUCAGUUUGAUGUCAAGUCUGGUUCCAGUGGCCAGUUGGAAGCAUCGAAAGCGUUGACAUCCCACGGUGAAAAAAUUAAGCCCGAACAAUCAUUAUUGUCACUUCAGCAAUCCCACAGUGCCACAGAGACAGUGCCUCUCCUAAGAAGCCACUCAAUGCCUUCUGCUGCAUGCACUAUAAGUUCCCCACAUACGUUUAGAGGUAGCUAUUCGUUUGAUGAUCACAUCAUGGAGCCUGAAGUCUUAAGCCGCAGUCAAGCGUUUUCUUCCCAUCCUCGAAUGCUCAAACGACAGCCAGCUAUCGAGCUGCCUUUGGGAGUGGAGUACGUCUCAGAGGAGGUUAGCUCUGUGAACAAAGAAACUGUUUCCAAACCUCCUGAGGAGCCUGAAACCAAGGAAAGCGAUCUUACCAAAAAGUCACGGAAGGGUCAGAAAGUGAAAGGAUUCAUGUACGAGUGUAACAUAUGUGGCGCUCGGUAUAAGAAAAGGGACAAUUAUGAAGCCCAUAAGAAGUACUACUGUUCAGAACUGCAGCUCUCAAAGCCUCGUUCUUCCACUUCCCAUACCUCUUCAGAGCCUGAGAAAAGCGUUGCGGAUCCAGACACGUGGCCCCAGAUGAUGCAUUACAAGCUUGGGAGCAGUUUGGAGCUCACCCCGCUCCGGAAAAGACGAAAGGAAAAGAGUCUCGGUGACGAUGAGGAGCCUCCAGCUUUCGAGUUGUCUGACACUCCCUCAUCCAGUACUGGCCCAGGGACUCAGUUCACAAGCCCGGCGUCGUCUGAUGUUGCAUUAAACCUAACCCGUGAAUCCAUGAAGUCACCAGCAGAUCCGGGCAAAUCCGCACCUUCUGAGGUCAGUGCCAGCUUUCAUUCCAGGAACACCAAACCGGCUUCGAGUGCAGAGGGCAAAGAGAGAAGAACCACCUCAAAGGAGAUCUCUGUCAUCCAGCAUACGAGCUCCUUUGAGAAGUCUGACUCUAUCGAGCAGGCGAGCGGCUUGGAAGGAGAAGACAAACCCUUGUCACAGUACUCAUCUCAGCCAACGCCCCAGCAGAGCCGACCACCUCACUCCCUGCAGCCCAAGCUGGUACGGCAGCCCAACAUCCAGGUCCCCGAGAUUCUGGUCACGGAAGAGCCCGAUAGACCAGAAACGGAGCCGGAGCCUCCUCCAAAAGAGCCAGAGAAAACGGAGGAGUUUCAGUGGCCACAGAGGAGCCAGACUCUCUCUCAGCUCCCUGCUGAGAAACUCCCACCAAAAAAGAAGAGGCUGCGGCUGGCAGAAAUGGCUCAGUCCUCUGGAGAGUCCAGUUUUGAAUCGGUCUCUCUCACCCGAAGCCCAAGUCAGGAAAGCAGCAUAUCCCAUGGCUCCAGCCACUCUGUCUCCUUUGAUCGUGAAGAUCACAGCAAGUCAGAGUCAACUAGCCAGCCCUCUGAAUCCCACCCAAAGCCUCCUGGCGUUGGCUCACACAUGCUGAUGGUACCAAGCCACCAUCAUCAUUCCAGGGAGAUGCGGAGAUCUGCUUCUGAGCAGACACCCAACGUGUCCCAUCCUUCCCAGAUGUCAGAGACACGCAGUAAAUCGUUUGACUAUGGGAGUUUGUCUUCCACUCCUGCCUCAACUCCUGGCCCUUCAGCCUCCUUGGCUCCACAGGAGAGAAGGAAAUGCUUUCUGGUUAGGCAAGCAUCCCUCACCAGACACCCAGAGCAUGAGCCAGACCCGGCCCCAGCAGGCCGCCCAGAGGCAGAAGAUGCAGUUCCUUCUGCAAGUAAAUCUCCUUCGUCAAGUAUGCCCCAUCAGCCGACAUCUUCACCCCCUUUGCCCUCUCACGGUACUUACCCAAGUGAAAAGGGUCAGCCAAAAGACAGCCCUCAGCCAGCAUAUACCCAGCCAUACACAGAAGCUCUGCAAGUGUUUCAUCACCCCAUACCACAACUAACGCUGCAUGAAAAGCAGUUCGUGUCCCCACAGGUUUCUGUCUUUCCCUACCAGCAUCUCCUGCCGCAGCCGGGGCAGUCUGCAGAGCUCUUUGCCGCACACACUAUGUCUGACAUCCUCUCUGCUCAGUUCUCCAUGCCUCAGAUUCCUCCUUCCAUAUUUCAGACCCCACCGCUGCCGCUGCCGCAAACGCUCAUCCACCCAGGUCCUCUGCAUAUCGCUCCUCCCUUAAUGUCUCACCCUGCCGAGGUGCCGUUCAGGCAGCACCCUUCAUUCCUCCCGGUGCAUUACCCUGGCUCUUCACCCAUCCCUUCAGCCUUUUUUCUGCCUCUUCAGUCUCAGUUUGCUCUCCAGUUGCCAGGUGAAGCUGGUGGACACUUACCACAGAUCAAAUCCAGUUUAUUCCCGUCAGCAGGAACCUCCAGCCUUUCCCCCUGCACUGAAUACGGCUCGGACAGUAGGCUGCACCCUCUGACCUGCACAACAAGUCCUUCGGUGUCGGUAUCUGCGUCUCAGCUCAUUGUCCCCACGCGGUCAGAGCCGAUGGUGUCGCUGGUUGUCCCCGUUCGCAUACAGACGAACAUGCCGUCCUACGGGAGCGCCAUGUACACGACGCUGUCCCAGAUCCUGGUCACUCAAUCCCAGUGCAGUUCCUCUUCUAUCAUUCUCCCAAAAUUCGAUGAUCACCAACCCAAGGGUACCCUGGUCUGUAGCGCUGAUGUUCGUGGGCUGGGUUUUGAUCUGACGCAGAUGAUCACAGAGGAUCAAAGAAACAUUUUCCAGAGCCCGUACCUGAGAGUGCCCUUACCCUUACCUGAACGAAAAGGCUAUAUGCCGCUCACCUCCCCGUCAGACAGCAUCCUCGGACUGGAAGGAGGCCCAUCAACAGUUGGUGGAAGCAAAAGGAUGCUGUCUCCAGCUGGUAGUUUGGAGCUGACAACGGAAACACAACAGCAGAAGAGAGUGAAAGAGGAGGAAGUGUCUGAAGCAGAAGAGAAGUUGGAAGUGGUGAAGCCACCCAGUGCAAUAGAGGAAGGGAAAAAGCAGGAUAAAUCUCACUUUCUUGCAGAAAGCCAAGGCAGGGUUGAGGUUGAAACUCCACCUAGUUUGUCCUUAGAGCAGUCAGAGCCAAAGGAAAUCCCAAGUACUUUGCAGCAAGCUGUGUCCCAUUCAGGUUCUCCAAGUUUGGAGGCACUGGAAGAAUAUAAGCAGCCAGCUGGCAAGCAGUUCCUCAGCAAGGCACCUUUGCAACCCGUGAAGAAAGAAGACUCCAAAGAACUGGUGGAGCAAUCUCCAUCAAACCCUCCAAGCCCUGCACCUCUGUCUGAGGUCACUCACAGUGCAAUGAAGUCUCGAGAAGGUACAGAUACGAAGAAGGUACUUCAGUUCCCCAGUCUCCACACAACCACUAAUGUCAGUUGGUGCUAUUUAAACUACAUAAAGCCAAAUCAUAUCCAGCAAGUUGAUCGACGAUCUUCAGUGUAUGCCAGCUGGUGUAUUAGCUUGUAUAAUCCUAACCUUCCAGGUAUAUCCACUAAAGCAGCCCUGUCCCUCCUGAGGUCCAAGCAGAAGGUGAGCAAGGAAACCUACACCAUGGCUACUGCUCCACGACCAGAGGCAGGCAGACUUGUCCCGUCCAGCUCCAGGAAGCCAAAAAUGACAGAGGUUCAUUUGCCUUCGCUCCUUUCUAAUGAAGGUCGAAAAGAUAUAACUAGAGCUGAGAAGGAAGAGGAAAAAAGAGGAAAAUCAGAAGAAGAGGCUCUUGUAACCAAACGAGGGGAGCCAGUCAGGAUCAAGAUCUUUGAAGGAGGGUACAAAUCAAACGAAGAGUAUGUGUAUGUGCGAGGCCGUGGAAGAGGGAAGUAUGUAUGUGAGGAGUGUGGAAUUCGCUGCAAGAAACCCAGCAUGCUGAAGAAACACAUUCGCACGCACACAGACGUCAGGCCAUAUGUCUGCAAGUACUGUAACUUUGCUUUUAAAACCAAAGGGAAUCUGACUAAACACAUGAAGUCAAAGGCCCACAGCAAAAAAUGUCAGGAGAUGGGCGUGUUGGUAUCUUCACUGGUGGAUCUGGAAGCCGAGGAAGGAACCAGUGAAGACCUAUUCCAGGACUCUGAGGGGCGGGAGGGAUCUGAGCCAAUAGAGGAACAUCAGUUUUCAGACCUAGAGGAAUCUGACGACGAUGAUGACAACGAAGAUGAGGAAGAUGAGGAGGAAGAGGAAAGCCAAGAUGAGCCACCUUUAAAGUUGCCAGAGGUCAAACAUACCGCCCUCCCACUGCACUCUUCAGGUGGCUCUCCAUCUUCUCAAGAGGAAGGCACUGAAAUAGCAUUGUCCGUAUCCCGAGAAACUGUUCCCAGCAGCCAAAAAGUAGGUGAAGGCCAGCAGGCCUCCUCCUCAGGGCUGGAAACAAAGUGGUCAGCAGACAGCAGUGACAUUGCUGUGUGCCACAGCUUCUUGAGUCUCCACAGACCAGCUUUGACCUCCACCGAACAAUUGGCUUCUGCUGAGAGAGAGUCUGUCACAAGGCCGCAGAUGUCCUUAGUUAUGGACCUGCCAACCUCAAAAGACACCUCCCCAAGGAAAAGGUGGUCUCCAAGCCAGGACUCUGGCAGAGGUGGUGGCAGCAGCAGACCAAUGCUAGCAAGAAAGCACCUAUUAACCAAAAAUGAAACGUCACCGAAACGGUUUUCACCAACUGGAGAACUGUCUUCUCUAAGGUGCCUGUCUCCAGGGAGAGGGUUGUCCCCUUGCCAGCGUGUCUCUCCCAGGAGAGAGGCAUCUCCACUGAGAUGUGUGUCACCAAGACUCGAGCUGUCGCCCAGCAGGCAUCUUUCCCCCAGAAGAGAGCUGUCCCCAAGAACAUACCUUCCACCAGAAGGAGAAGUCUCCCCUGUGAGGCACUCGUCACCAAGCAGAGAGAUGUCAUCGGUCAGAUAUUUAUCGCUGAAGAAAGUCUUGUCUCCGGGCUGUUCAGAGUCAUCCAGGUAUCCAUCCCCUGGGAAAGAGGACUUGCCUGGUACUAGCAAAUCAGCAGCAGAUGACAAACUUCAAAGCUCAUAUCAAGCCCAGCAUGGGAUAUUAUCUUCGAUGCCUCUACCUCACAGGUUCUUUGGCAAAAACGUACAGCUCUACGAGUCCAAGCUGAAGAUAGAACCACGAAGCCCAACAUGCUCACCUGGUGUCACGCAGCCUGUCUACUCCAGACCCUUGCAGUCACCUCAUGACAUACACGUCCACGCUCCCAGCCGAGGGGAGGAGAACGUCUUCAGCCAUCUCCCGUUGCAUUCGCAGCAGCUCACGAGGACGCCAUAUCCUAUGAUUCCCAUUGGGGGCAUCCAGAUGGUCCAGGCAAGGCCAAGCACCCAUCCCAGCUUGGUGCCCAGCUCAGUCGUGUCCCUGCAGGCAGGAUACUUUGGCUCUGGUGGCAGCAGCUUCACAGAGUUCAGCCGAGCUCCCGAGAGGGACGAGGAGCCGCAGGUCCCACGGGAGCCGCCGUCAGCCUCCGUCUCCCCGGUUGCAAAGGUUUCUAAGUACACGUUGUCCCCAGAGCUUACGAGCAGCGGUUACUUAGAAGAGAAAACAAGGACUAGUGAGCUUCAGCAAAAGACAGAGCAGGAGGAAUACAGGGUAAAAAUGUUGGCUGAGUCUAGCCAUGCAGAGCAGGCGGGCUGCUCGGCAUCCCCAGCCAGCCCCAGCACAACCCACGAGCACUCUCCAAAGCCUUCGACAAGCGGGGAAGAACCCUUGAACAAAACGGGCAAGAAGCAAUCUGGCAGCUCGAGCACUUCUUUUGAAUCAUCCUGCACUUUCAUCUCAGACCUGCCCUCCCAGCCGUUGGACCGAAGCAGCAGCAUGGGCUGCCUCUCAGAGCCCUCACCCAGCCAUUCGCACGCUCAGCCCUUCUCCGUCCGGAGGAGAAACCUCUCCGGAGAGCCCGGUCGCCAAGGGGGAAGCUCCAGGAAGAGCAGUCCACACCUAGAGCAUGCAGAUUUAGGUCAAACUCAAAAAAAGGUGGAUGAAAACACGGGAAGUACUUAAGCCUCCACCACCUGUUCCACCUUUAGGCUUCCUAUGUAAAAUCAACAGACAUUUUCAACACUAUUUCCUUUAGUAUAAUCAUCGCUAUAAGAAGCACUCUAGUGAAUGACCAAACCCACGGAAGAUUCCUGGUUUUCUUUGUCCCAGUCUGGUAUUAUCUCCACAUGUAUGCAGUUACUUGUGCCUUUUUCUAUACCUUUUGUUGCUUGAAAUGUACAAAAACUGUUUGAGGCUGUGAAUAUUUUUUUAGAGUUUUUUGGAAAGGGGGUUUGUUAGACCUUGUCCUUUUUUUUUGGCCAUUUCGGUGUGCGUAAAGAUGGGCCUGAGAGAUGCAGAAAGGAGAGGGUUAAGCAUUUUAAGAGGAAAGAAGAUGCACUGAAAACAAAAGAAACAGAAAAACUUUUUUUUUUAUAUAUAUAUAUAUUGAUUAAAUGAUUAAAAAAAAAGAAAAGAAACAGAAACAAACCAAACCCUUGCUCCUGUGUACAGAAGUUUAUGAUUCGUAUUUAUUACAUGCUUUAUUUAAUUCUCGCAAAGUGCUUGUGGUUUAUUUUGGGGUUUUUGUUUGACUUCUUGCAUCCCUCUGGUUGCCUAUGGUUGUGCUUUAAACAGUUGAGACUGCUUUACAUUUGAGAAACGUUGUUGUUUACCCUGAACUUGUAAAUGAAACUAGCACUUCCUUGAGGAGGGGGAGGUUCCUUCGUAGGGAGAGAGAGAGAAUUGUCACUCCAGAGAGAGAGUGAGUCUCGAGCAUCCCUCCCUCCUGCAGAACCCAGCAAAGCACUUUUCUAAAAAGGGACUUAAAAAAAAUAAUAAAAUAGGAAAAAAAAAUUAAAUAGGUUGUUCUUCAAAGAUUUAACUGCAAGAACAUAGGAAUGUAUCGAAUGUAGACCCAGUGCCAGGAGCGGUGUCUCUCGCUGGACGAGCCGGCCUCCUGCUUGCUUUAAUCCUUCCAUCCCGCGCCCGCCCCCUGCGAGCACCUCGUCACCCCGGCAAAGUCCUGCCUGUGCCUGAGAGCCCCUCUUUUCUGGGGUUUGGAAGCCCUCUGUGAACACCUUCCCUUGGUUGCAAAGUGGAAGCAAACUCAGCCUUUGCGACAGUUUUCCCUCGGUGAUUCUUAAGUAGCGGAUAAGCUCCCUCCGUCCUUCCCCAUCCCAUCCCCUCUGCUCCUGGCUGGUUUGGCUUCCUCGAGCUCCAGGGAUGCAGGAGUAGGUUGUGCUCUGCUCCUUUGCACACCUGCAGCUCUGUAACUCACGAGUGACUCCGUGUCUUCUUUUAUUUAUUUAUUUAAGCAGAACGUGGCCAACGUCCCUCUUGUGCAGAUGGGCCUUCUCUUCUUUCCUUUUCCUCUGAUGUUUUGGAAGACACAAACAGACGAUGCUGAGUGGUUAAUGUUUGCAAUCAGCUUGUUAUGCAUGCACAGUAACUUCUUUUUUUCCAGAGCAAAUGUGUAACUAUGACCAUCCAUAGCAGAGCAAUGGCCUCUACUGCCAAGAGAUACUGAUACCAAAUAGAGAGAGCCCUGAUGGAGCCAUUCCUCUCUGUCAGCUUGAGCACAUCCUUUUUUUUACAGUACCAAUGGUCCAUCCCGUGUUUGCCCAAGCAGACAGCAGGCUCUUCACUACUUCAGAGGGUUUUCUGGUCGAUGGAAUCUGUACAAACCUCUUUUGGUUGUUUUUUUUUGGUUGUUUUGUUUUAAUUUUAACCACAGCAAGAAGAUGAUGAUAUAAAUAUUGGAGCAGUGGACCAGUUCUUUCUUCUUUCAGAGCUGUUCCAGUUUGUUGGGGACAUAAUACACUUCUUUUUUAAAAAAAAAUAAGAAAAAGGAAAAAAAAAAAAGCAAAGAAAUCAAAUAAAAACCUGAAUGAGAACUUAUUUCCUUGCCAGACUUGAUGAGCUAUGAACUGUUCCCAUUUCAUGGGCAAAUAAUAUCAGUUUUUUAAUAAUCCGUGGUUUGCUUUUGCUUUUGCUUUUCUUGUAAAGGGAAUUAAGUACAAAAGAAGAGAUCAUGGAAAUAACAUUAAGGCUGUGACACUGACCAAACCAACAUCCAGAACCCAUUUAUACUUUAAUUAGCACUUUUAUCAAGUUUCCCUUUUUUUCCCCCAUCUCCCUCCUCUUUGGCCCCAAGCCUGGAAGCUGGUCUUGCUUUCAAACCUGGCCAGAUCCCCUGGCAGCAGGAGCAGGGGCUGGGACUCGAGCUCAGCAUUGCAACUCUGUUCUGUGGAACUCUUAAGUAACAUCUUAAAUCCUGCUCAGGCUUUAAGUGUGUGCUUAACACCAGGCUGACUCAGAGAGCCUGCUCAGCCAAGCUUGGUGUGAGCAUCCCUGGAAAACCAUCCACUAAAUCUAGAGGCAGUUCUGACUUUUCCUGGCUUCUGCCACUUUUUUUCUCCCCCCUCUUUGCCCUUGUCACACUCUUAACAUUACUCCAAGAUAACUUUUUGUAUUUUUUAUAUAUAUAUUAUAUAUAUAUAUGAAAACUGUACAUAAGAAGCUUAAUGCAGCAGUUGUGCACUCAGCCUCCUGGUUUGGUUAGCUGCGUUUGACAUGAGCUUUGGGCUAGAUCAAAUUUGCUUGGCUCCUUUCUGUAACUGUAUUUUAGUCUUUGACCUGUUGAUACUUUGCCUGAGGUUUGGUUGGGUUUGUUUUUUUGUGUUUCCUCCCCUUUGUCAUUUCUGGACAGAGGAGAAAAAGAGAAAAGCCCAACAAAACUCAGAAGUCAUUACAUUGGUUCCUUGCUUUAUUGUGGUUUCUUGCUCCUUUUUUAUUGUGUUUUUCUUUUUUCCUUGGGGUUUGGGUUUUUUUAAAGUUUUUAAAAGCUUUUCCAGCAGCUGGAGAUGAGCUGAAGCUUUCUACAUCUCAGCUGCAGAGCAUCGGGGCUGGCAGCCAGUGCUGCGUGGGGCAGCCGUGUGUGUGUGUGACGAUCCAGAUGCUCUUGGAUUGUCAAGCAAGGGCAAGGAGUUUGGGAAAGGGCUUGUGUGGCUGUGGGGUGCUCAGCUCCCAUCCCCAACAGCUGGCAGCAAGGGAGCAGGCACAUGCAGAGACCUCUGAAAACUCAGGAGAUGGGCAAAUAUUCCCCCCCUGCCAAGUCUGUGCCGAGGCUUGACCCUCAGCUUCUCGGCAGAGUGGCUGUGGGCACGGCGGGGGAGGCUCUGGCUGGGCUGAAAUGGUGCUUCAUGCUAUACUUCACAGGGGCAAUAUGGCCUAUUGGAUAGGCAAAAAGGAUCACAAAAAUAAUCAAUAUUGCUAUUUAAGGGCUAAUUAUCACACUGACAGCUCAGAGCUCGGCGGGAAGGACGUCCUCCCCCGCGCCAGCACCAGCAUCUCUGUCUGUGGGCAAGGUGGGCAAUCCCUGAGGGGCAGCCCCGGCCCUGCUCUGAAAUCAUAGUGUGACCUUGUGCAAAUUGUGUCUCCCCUCUGCCUCAUACUCAGCCAAGGAGCACAGUGAUGCAACUCCUCUGGUUUCCAGAGAGUUGUGUGUGUUAUUUGCAGACCCUGCUGUCACUGGUGGCUGCCUUUCCUACCUGGGGCACCCGUGAGCUUCCCUGUGUCACGCUUGGUAAAAGCUGUUUGCAGGUCACAGCUUUUAGUAUCACUCUGAGUGUCUGUUCUGUCUGCAAAAUAGGGGUGAUAAAUCCUGAUUUACUUCCCACAAGGGCUGCAGGGGUGGCUAAGUUUGUGUCUGUACAGAUGCUUUUCAGAGCAGUUAGCUGCGUUAUUUGCAAGAGAAUGUAUUAAUAAUGCAAAUAGGCAAAUUAAAAACCAGAGCCCAGCCCUUCCUUUUCAUCAGCAAGUGGAAAUAAAAUCCCCUGCUUUUCUUAUGGCAGAGGUUCUUAAAUUUAUAGUCCAUGAAGGCACAUGGCCUCCAGGGACUGGCUGCUCCUCUUUGUUAUGUAGCUGGUUAUUCAGCCAAAACCCUGCUCUGAUAGUUCCUUCCCUGGUAGGUUGUUUGUGCAGCUCCUGUGAAUGCAGGUACUCAAUGGCAAACAGAUGCUGUGGCAUCCCAGAAGUCAUUCUGCACCAUGACUUGGGCCAUGCUCUUAAAUAACUCCUUGGAGCAGU